AUGCUCUUCAAAAUUGCAACUAAUUAUGCUGCCGCUCUUGCCCUUGUUUCGACUGCACUGACCGCCAAUGCUCAUGAUGGGUCGGCGCUGGCGUCGACGUCCCUCACUCGACGAGCAACAGUCUGCAACGGUCACGCUGAGCUCUGCGAUCGAAGCUUUGGAAAUGUUACUUUCGUUGGGACACACAACUCGUACGCGAUUGGGGUCAACGACUUCUUUGCUAAUCAGGACCAGUCUGUAACACAGCAGUUGAAUGACGGCGUGCGCAUGCUUCAAAUGCAAGCCCACAACGAAAACGGGGUUAUCAGACUUUGUCAUUCACGCUGCGGCUUUUUGGACGGUGGAUCUCUUGAAGACUACCUGAAUAUCGUGAAAACCUGGCUGGAUGCCAACCCAAAUGAAGUUCUUUCGCUCCUCGUCGUCAACAUUGACAACGUACCGGCCUCAAACUACGACGCGGUUUUCAAGUCCGUUGGCCUCGAUUCCGUAUCCUACGCGCCACCGUCGUCUCCCAUCGCAGCAUCUGAAUGGCCAACCCUCGGAACUUUGAUCGACUCGGGUAAACGUCUGUUGACCUUCCUGGACAAUGCUGCGGACUUGACAGCCGUGCCGUACCUCCUUGACGAAUUUACGAACAUCUGGGAAACACAGUUUAACGUGCUUGAUAUUGCCAACUUCGAUUGUUCUGUCAACAGGACCAGGGGAGACACUUCCACCCAGAUGUUCCUCAUCAACCACUUCCUGGACAAGCUCGUCCUCGGACAGCCAGCCCCGUUCAUCGAAAGGCUGAAUCAGACCAAUGCAGCAACUGGCGCCGGCUCGCUCGGGGCACAUGUCGACACUUGCGUUGCCGAUCAUGGCCGCCCGCCCAACUUUUUGCUCGUUGAUUUCUAUGAAUACGGCGGCGGAUCCGUCUUCCAGGUCGCGGCAUAUAUGAACGGCGUGCCUUACAACCCCGCAACACCAGUCGCGACACCAGCAUCAACUUCCACCGCCACUAAUACGGGGUCCGGCUCUACGGUGUCAGUUACUUCGUCCUCAUUAUCAGGAGGAACCUCGGUGACUUUCCAAUUGUUCAACGAUCGCUAUCUGACUGCCUUCAUAAAAUCUACCCUUGCUAUCUUGCUUGGAUCUCUAAUCGUACUUUAA